AUGGGCACAAACUCGUUAUCUUCAGAAUCAAUUACCGAUCUCGAUCAACAGAUCGAGCAACUCAUGCAGUGCAAGCCUCUCUCUGAACCUCAGGUUAGGACAUUAUGCGAGAAAGCUAAGGAGAUACUAAUGCAAGAAAGCAAUGUUCAGCCUGUGAAAAGCCCUGUGACAAUAUGUGGCGAUAUUCAUGGGCAGUUUCAUGAUCUUGCAGAACUUUUUCGAAUCGGAGGGAAGUGUCCUGAUACCAAUUACUUGUUUAUGGGGGAUUAUGUGGAUCGUGGCUAUUAUUCUGUUGAAACUGUGACGCUCUUGGUGGCAUUGAAAGUCCGCUAUCAUCAGAGGAUUACCAUUCUCAGAGGAAACCAUGAAAGUCGCCAGAUUACUCAGGUUUAUGGGUUUUAUGAUGAAUGCCUACGAAAGUAUGGUAAUGCUAAUGUUUGGAAGAUCUUCACAGACCUUUUUGACUAUUUCCCAUUGACUGCCUUGGUUGAGUCUGAAAUAUUUUGUUUACAUGGUGGAUUGUCCCCAUCUAUAGAGACCCUUGAUAACAUAAGGAACUUCGAUCGUGUUCAAGAGGUUCCUCAUGAAGGAGCCAUGUGUGAUCUGUUGUGGUCUGACCCAGAUGACAGAUGUGGUUGGGGUAUUUCACCUCGUGGUGCUGGAUAUACCUUUGGCCUGGAUAUAUCUGAGCAAUUUAAUCAUACAAACAGCUUGAACUUGAUUGCUCGAGCACACCAGCUUGUUAUGGAUGGAUUUAAUUGGGCACAUGAACAAAAGGUGGUUACCAUAUUCAGUGCGCCCAAUUAUUGUUACCGCUGUGGAAACAUGGCCUCCAUAUUGGAAGUUGAUGACUGCAAGGGCCACACAUUCAUCCAGUUUGAACCAGCACCAAGGAGGGGAGAGCCUGACGUUACCCGUAGAACACCUGAUUACUUCCUGUAA